AUGGAGGUGGCACGGGCUUGCUGGCUGCCGCGGCGGGAAGCCGACGCUAAGUCUAAGCUAUGCAAGGACCACGUGUGUCGCUUCAUCGGCUGCGGCCGCAACGACCGCUUCAACUACGUGGUGAUGCAGCUGCAGGGGCGCAACCUGGCCGAGCUGCGGCGGGCGCAGCCGCGCGGCAAGGACCACGUGUGUCGCUUCAUCGGCUGCGGCCGCAACGACCGCUUCAACUACGUGGUGAUGCAGCUGCAGGGGCGCAACCCCGAGCUGCGGCGGGCGCAGCCGCGCGGCGCGUUCUCGCUCUCCACUACCCUGCGGCUGGGCCACCAGAUCCUGCACUCCAUCCAGGCUAUCCACGAGGCGGGCUUCCUGCACCGCGACGUUAAGCCGUCCAACUUCUCGACAGGCCGGCACCCGCACAACUGCAAGAAGGUCUACAUGCUGGACUUCGGGCUGGCGCGCCAGUACACGAACGCGUACGGCGAGGUGCGCACGCCGCGCGCCGCCGCCGGCUUCCGCGGCACGGUCCGGUACGCGGCCAUCAACGCGCAUAAGAACAAGGAGAUGGGACGCCAGGACGACCUGUGGUCGCUCUUCUACAUGAUGGUUGAGUUCGUCAACGGCUCGCUGCCCUGGCGCAAGAUCAAGGACAAGGAGCAGGUGGGCAUCAUGAAGGAGGAGUACAACCACUACCAGCUGCUGAAGCACCUGCCGUCCGAUUUCCGCCAGUUCCUGGAGCACAUUCAGUCGCUCGACUACUAUGACAAGCCCGACUACGCUAUGCUGUCGGGCCUGUUUGAGCGCUGUAUGAAGCGGCGGGGGGUCAAGGAGAGCGACGCGUUCGACUGGGAGAAGGCGGCGGCGGAGACCGCACCGGCCGGCGGCCCGGCCUCGACGCCGGCUAUCAUCAGCAAGCCGGCCGCCUCGUACCAGACGGACCUGGGCAGCGCCGCUUGCGACAACCAGGAGAACUACCGGCCGCCGACAGCCACCUCGGCACAGCAGCCGCGGCUCGCUACUGACACACGGGAGAAGGUGCUGGUGGACAACAACCGCAACGCCACCAAGGUGGGCGCCGGCGACGACCCGUCGCCGAAGAAAGCGCGUCCGGACCAGGAGGGCAACCCGCCGCGGCGGCCGGUGGCCAAGCUGCGGCUGAGCGCUCUGGAGGCGGCCGACGGCACGGAGGUGAGCGGCCGCAGCACGGAGGCGCGCACCGGCCGCCUGGACGUGUCGGUGCCGUCGACGCCGCAGCAGAGCGGCCCGGCCGGCUCCGAGGCGCCGCUCACUGGCACCGAGCGCGAGACGGGCCGCCGGGAGCGGCGCGACCACCGGCGCCGCUUCCACUCGGCCGGCAGCCGGAACCGGUCAGUCUCACGGCUCAGCCUGCACCGGGACGUGAGCGUGACGCAGUUCGCCGUGGCCGACGACGACAACGUGUCCCAGCAGGCCACCAAGGGCGGCGGAGGCAUGACGCUGGCCUCCCAGUGGAAGUCGGGCUUCGAUGACUCGGAGGCCGAGACGGACCACGAGGCCGCCGAGCAGGGACUGCAGAGUCCCGAGCACAGGAAACAGGCUGCAGAGGCGGCGUCAGGUGCCGGCCGGGCGGCGCGCUCGGCUGCCGGCGGCCCGCCACCGCCGCCCAACACGUUCUUCGUUCCGCUGCUGCUCAUCAAGUCGCGGCUCCGUUGCCAGGUGGGCGCCGCGCAGGCGUUGCCGCUCGAGUACCUCAACCUGGAGAUCGCCGCCGUGCCCGUGGACAGGAGCCGCGGCGAGGGCCUGCCGCGGUCGUGGUCCAACCCCCAGCUGUCGCCACACAUACGGGCCGGCCUGGACACGCCCAUGACCCGGCUGCCGCGGUCCCCGCCGCUGCUGCAGCAGGCCACCUUCGAUGACGUCGUUUACGAGGUGGACGUGGUGCGGAACGUGGCGGCGGUGGUACCGCCGGCCGCGGUCGCGCCGACUCCGGCGCCGGCGCCGCUGCCGCCGGCGCCGGGCUCGCACCGCGCCCCGGCGCCGCCCAAGACUCCACCGCCGGUCAACAGGACCGUGUCCAUGGAGUCGGACGUCAGUCCGCAGCACAUGCUGCCCGUCUCGGGCAAGCUGGAGAUCCGCGUGUUCGACAAGUCCGAGUCGCGGCGCUCGGAUUCGGCGCCGCCGCCGCCGCCGGCCGUGCCCGCCAUCGCGGUGGUGACGCCCGCCGCCGCCGCCGCCCCCGCCGCGGUCGCCGCCGCCGCCGCCGCCGCCGGCGCCCAAAGCAAUCAGACGAACAGCGUCGCCCGUCUGGAGGAGGUGCGCGCGCCGGCGCGCUCCUCCUCGCCGCGCCUGAAGAGCAUCCUGAAGAACAAGUCUGAGCGUAACCUGGCCGGCAAACUGGAGCAGGCGGAGCGGGCCGCCUCGGACGGCAAUGCAAUCCCCAAGAAUAAGAGCUCGCCUUGCCUGGCGGAGCAGCUGGGCCGCUACUUCGAGACGCCGGCGGCACCGCCGGCCGACGUGCCGCACAUCCAGGUAACGCCGCACAACGAGCCGCCGCCGCCGCCGCCCGCCUUCUACGACGCGGCCGACGAGAGCCGCGCGCGCCUGGCCACCUCGCGCAGCCGCUCGCGCAUCGACGAAAACGAGACGUCGCGCAACGAGAGUUUCGGCACGGCGGUGCCGCCCGGCGCGUCCGAGGCCGGCGACGAGCGCGACUACGAGACAGUCGGUUUCUCGUUCGCCACGGCGCGCGAGAGUCCGCGCACGGUGCGCCGCCGCAUCGGCGUCGUCACGCCGCCGCCCGAGUUCCAGAACGACCCACAUGACUCGCAGUCGACCACCGGCGAGGGCACAGCGCGCGCCGAGUCGCCGGGCCGCGGCCGGCGGCGCAGCGGCGGCGGCGCCGCCGAGCCGCCGCCACCGCCGCUCAGCGGCGCCGCCAAGCGCCACUCGCUGGAUAACCUGCUGGACGACCGCAAGAUCUCGGUGAUCAGCGUGCAGGAGCUGGGCGCCGUGCUGCGCGGCCAGCGCGCGCCGGCCGCGCGCGCCUUCCACAGCGACGACAGCCUGGUGGACGGCGGCGAGCCGGAGCGGCGCCGGCGCGCCCAGCUCAGCGCCGACGUGGACGCCGAGAGCGAGGCGUCAGAGCCGCCGCUCAUCACCAGGAGGCGUCACUCGGCGCGCGAGCUGCACUCGACCACGCCCACCACGACGAGCACGGCGUCGUCGGCGGCCGAGCCGGCGCCGCGCCCGGCGGCCGGGCGGCGCGGCCGCCUCAGCUCGUCGCCGGAGCCGCUGUCGGCGCCGCGCCGGCCGCAGCCGCAGCCGCAGCCGCCCUCGCUCUACGUGCAGCAGGUGCUGGGCGGCUACAGUCCGCGCCGCGAGCUGCACGCGCCGGCCGGCGCCCAGCGCUCCUCCUACAGCCCGGCGCCGAGCGGCGCCUAUUACGACUCGCCCCGGUACGACUCGCACCUGGGCGUCUCCAACUGGGGACUGCAGAAGUCCAGCUCGUCCUCGGCCUGCCACCAGGGUUACCACACCAUGCCGUCACGCAUCAGGCCACCGGUCACAGACUCGUACCGGUACCAGUCGCCGAGUCGGGACGACACGAGCCUAGACGGCUGCACGCCGGCGUUGCGCCGCCGCCGCCAGGGCGCCGACAAACGUCGGCGGUACCGGCCUGCCGCUGUGGACGAGGUCUCGCCGCUGAACCACGUACUGCCGCGCCACUGAGAGAGAUACGGGAACUCCGUCUUCCUCCGGCCGAUCACAGAUGUCGCCACCGCAGCACCCAUCGGCCACUCGACGGCUGGCCACCGAACUGAGGAAUCGCUACGCCCAUGAUAGA